AUGCAAUUUGACGAUGAAAUAGUUAGAACACAUGAUGAGCUUCUUGAUCAAAUACAAAAAUUAGAAAAAUCGAAUAUUUUGCCAUCGGAUCUUUUUGAUCAAAUUGAACAAUGGAAGAAAACAACAAUCGAUAAAGUAGAAAAAGCAGCAGAAAGGGCUCGUCAUCAGUUAGUCGAACUAACAGAUAAACAAAGAAGCAGCAUAACAAAACAAUUUGAACCUAUUACAAAAGAAAUUCGUUUUCGUCGCGAAGAAGAAGAUUUUCUUGAAAAGGAUAUUGAUCGACUUAAGCAAAAGCUCAAUGAAAUCAAACAAAAACUUCAACAAUUUACUCAAAAAGACACAGCUAAGACUAUCAUUGUCGAUAAUGAUCAAAUUGAUUGGAAUCGUAUUAUUCAUGUUCGAGAAGAACAAAAAUACUCAUCGUUCCUGCUCAGUAUAAACCUUAACACAAACUCAAAAUGGUUACAGAAUGGUGUUACUGUGGCUGGAGGAAAUGGAGUUGGCAACCAAACGAAUCAACUCAACAAUUUAUGGGGUCUAUGUAUCGGUGAUGACCAAACUAUUUACGUAGCUGACUGUGGCAAUAAGCGUAUUGUGGAAUGGAAAUAUGGUGCGACAACUGGACAAGUUGUAGCUGGUGGAAACGGAUCAGGAAAUCAAUUUGAUCAGUUGGCUAGCGCAACAGAUGUGAUCGUUGAUAAAUCAAAAAAUAGCCUCAUCAUUUGUGAUUACAGCAAUAAUAGAGUAGUUCGAUGGUCUCGUUCAAAUGGUAGAAAUGGAGAAACAGUCAUACGGAAUAUUGGAUGUUGGAGCUUGACAAUGGAUGAUGAUGAAUUUUUAUAUGUAUCUGAUUAUGACAGACAUGAAGUUAGACGAUAUGGAGUAGGAGAAACUCAAGGAACCUUGGUUGCAGGUGGAAAUGGAUCAGGAAAUCGUCUCGACCAGUUGUCUUAUCCCGGAUAUGUCUUCGUUGAUGAAGAUCAUUCAGUGUAUAUAUCAGAGUACAGUAAUCAUCGCGUGGUGAAGUGGAUGAAAGAUGCAAAAGAAGGGAUUGUUGUAGCCGGUGGUCAAGGACAAGGAAAUAAUCUUUCACAAUUAUCAGGCCCUUACGGAAUUGCUGUAGAUAAAUCUGGUACUGUCUAUGUGGCUGAUAGCGAAAAUAAUCGAAUAGUACGCUGGCGUCAAGGAGCCACACAAGGCGACGUCAUUAUUGGUGGAAAUGGUCGAGGGAAUCAAUCGAAUCAACUGUAUGAUCCAAUGGGAUUGUCAUUUGAUCGAGAAGGCAAUCUUUAUGUGAAUGACAAUGGAAAUUCUCGAGUGCAAAAGUUUAAUAUUGAUCGAAGUUAA